ACCGGCCCAGCGCCCAUGACGUGGCCUCUGUCACCAGCGAGGCCAUUGUGUCGCCGCCACACGCGCUCGGAUCGCGCGGAGGAGCGGGGCUCCGGGCAGUUGGGGGUGCCCGCCGGUCCGCUGCCCUCCAUGAGGAAGAUGCUCGCCGCGGCUGUGUCCCGCGUGUUGCCCCGGGUCGCCCCGAAGCCCGCCAGUAGAAUGCUGGGGGCAGCCGGCAACUCUUGCAGCAAGGCCACGUUUGACAUUAAGCAAUGUGAACUUUACCGUUUGGAGGAAGGUCCCCCGGUCAGGGCCGUGCUCACCCGGGAGGAGGGGCUCAAAUACUACCGGGCGAUGCAGGUGGUUCGCCGAAUGGAGCUGAAGGCGGAUCAGCUGUACAAACAGAAGUUCAUCCGCGGCUUCUGUCACUUGUGCGAUGGCCAGGAGGCUUGCUGCGUGGGCCUGGAGGCCGGGAUCCGGGCCACGGACCACGUCAUCACCUCCUACCGGGCUCACGGCCUCUGCUACACCCGCGGGCUCUCGGUCCGGUCCAUCCUCACGGAGCUGACGGGGCGGAGAGGCGGCUGUGCUAAAGGCAAAGGGGGAUCCAUGCACAUGUACGCCAAGCACUUCUACGGGGGCAACGGCAUCGUGGGCGCCCAGGGGCCCCUGGGGGCCGGGAUCGCCCUGGCCUGCAAAUACAAGGGCAGCAACGACGUCUGCCUGACCCUGUACGGGGACGGCGCCGCCAACCAGGGUCAGAUCGCCGAAGCGUUCAACAUGGCCAGCUUGUGGAAACUGCCGUGCGUGUUCGUCUGCGAGAACAACCUCUACGGCAUGGGCACGGCGGCCGAGCGAGCGGCGGCCAGCACCGACUACUACAAGCGGGGCCACUUCAUCCCGGGGCUGCGGGUGGACGGCAUGGACGUGCUCUGCGUUCGCGAGGCAGCCAAGUUCGCCGCCCACCACUGCAGGGCCGGCAAGGGGCCCAUCGUGAUGGAGCUGCAGACCUACCGCUACCACGGGCACAGCAUGAGCGACCCGGGCGUCAGCUACCGCACGCGGGAGGAAAUCCAGAGCGUGCGGAGUAAGAGCGACCCGAUCGUGCUGCUCAGGGACAGGAUGGUCAGCCAGCAGCUGGCCAGUGUGGAGGAGCUGAAGGAAAUGGAUGCGGACGUGAGGAAAGAAGUCGAGGAGGCGGCCCAGUUUGCUACGACGGAUCCUGAACCGCCUCUGGAAGAAAUAGCCCAUCACGUCUACAGCGAUAACCCUCCGUUUGAGGUCCGCGGCGCCAAUCAGUGGAUCAAGUUUAAGUCCGUCAGUUAGAGGGAGGCGGUGGAUUUGUUUUUCAGUCCUUCGAGGGAAACCUUUCAUGGUCAACUUGAAGAAUAUGUGUGCCCGGUUUUGUGAAGGAGGGGUAA